UUCGAGCCUAAGCCCAUAUGAAUUUGGAACAUGUCCCCAAGAUGCCGACUUAAACAAUAUUUGAGAAUAAAAUUCCUUCCUCAAGAAGUCCUCUGCCUGAACCAGAGCAUAGCUACAAAUUUCACGGAGAGAAUACAAAACUUCCAUAUUCCUUUCUGAAUUCUAGAAUCUGUAAAACCCUAUCAAAAUAACAAAGAAAUGGGGGGCUUAUCGGAGACCAAGUUCUUGCAGGAGCUGGUAUUAUACGCGGCAAGUGCAGCCCUAAGUUGUCUGGUAUUGUUUGCGGGGCUACGACAACUUGAUCCUAACCGGGAGGCCUCGAAGAAGGCCCUUGAACAGAAGAAGGAAAUCGCCAAGCGAUUGGGUCGCCCUCUUAUCCAGACCAAUCCAUACGAGGAUGUAAUAGCUUGUGAUGUCAUAAAUCCGGAUCACAUUGAUGUGGAAUUUGAGUCAAUUGGAGGAUUGGAAACUAUCAAGCAAGCUUUGUAUGAACUAGUGAUUCUUCCACUGCGGAGACCUGAGCUCUUUUCACAUGGGAAGCUUCUUGGGCCCCAGAAAGGGGUCCUGUUAUAUGGACCACCAGGUACUGGUAAGACUAUGCUUGCCAAAGCUAUUGCAAAAGAGUCAGGCGCUGUUUUCAUUAAUGUGAGGAUCUCCAAUCUGAUGAGCAAGUGGUUUGGUGAUGCUCAAAAGCUCGUGGCUGCUGUUUUUAGCCUGGCUUAUAAACUUCAGCCUGCUAUUAUAUUUAUUGAUGAGGUUGACAGUUUCUUGGGGCAGCGCCGUACUACAGAUCACGAGGCAUUGACAAAUAUGAAGACUGAGUUCAUGGCUUUGUGGGAUGGGUUUACGACAGACCAGAAUGCACAAGUGAUGGUUCUUGCUGCUACAAACCGCCCAUCAGAACUUGAUGAAGCAAUAAUUCGGCGCCUUCCCCAGGCCUUUGAGAUUGGGAUGCCUGAUCGCAGGGAGAGGGCUGAUAUAUUGAAGGUUAUUUUGAAGGGCGAGAGAGUGGAAGAAAGCAUUGACUUUGACUACAUAGCGAGCUUGUGUGAGGGUUACACAGGUUCUGAUCUUCUUGAACUCUGCAAGAAAGCCUCUUACUUUCCUAUUAGGGACCUACUGGAUGAGGAGAAGAAGGGGAAACGAUGUAGUACACCAAGGCCUUUGUUCCAGUCAGAUUUGGAAAAAGUUCUUGCAACAUCCACUAAGACAAGGAUUGCUGCAAAUGAGUACACUAGGUCAAGCUCACAAUCACUUGGAUGGUCUAGGCAGUCGGAUGAUUAUCAGGUUCAAGCCACAAUCAAUGAACUCUCUAAGCUUGUAGUUUCCCAAAUAUUGAACCUUCAAUCAGAUGCCCUGGACCAUUGAAAUCAUUGUCUUCAGUAAUUCACUUCAAAUGAUCUGUUGUUUCAUAAGAUUAUCCCACAGGCAUUUUAUUCUAUUUAUUUAGUGCUUUGAGUAUUAUCCCAUGUAGAGUAUGUUAUCUGUGUAAUCAACAUGUUAAGCUAUUGAUUUUUAGGGCACUUGACAUACACUUUUGAAUGUCUUAGGAUUCCAUAUUUGGACGUAGCAGAAUGCUGGCUUGCUUUGCUGCAACAUGGUUACUGCACCUACAGAACUUCCCUCUUGUUAAUAGGGAUUCAAUUGCAAGAAUAGGAACCAAUUAUUCUGAUUUUGCUUAUGGCUAUUGGAGGUGUUUAGAAUUUCAACA